AUGUUGGCUGAGAUGUGCGAUGUUCAGACUCGUGAUUGGGUGCACGACUUCCGGCAGCUUUUGGCAGAAGGAUUGCCCGGACCUCUGGAGCUGUUUGAGUUUCUGGUUGAGUUUGAUGCGUAUAAUGCGGCCAAUCCUCACAGCAACAACUUCGAAGCGAAUGUGGUUGGGAUGUGCGAUGCAUUCUGGGAACACUUUCACUGCCGUUGUGACGACCAGCUUUCUCCCGUGUUUUGGUUGCACUUCCUCUGCAAGAUGAUGGAGUAUUGGCUCGGAUUUCUACAGAAUGCAAACGGAGUGUCAUCGAUAAAGCGGGCAAUCGCAAUUGCGUGGACUCGUCUGGGUACCAAAGCUGAUGUUGCAGAUGUCUCAAAGCACGAUGCGAAGCUUUUGCUUUUCAGACGACACUGGGCUGCUUUGGAAUCCAUUGUGAGCAUCAUGGGCUUGUGCAGGGUCGGCCUGAAGCGUCGUGCACAACCUUUUCGAGGGUCCGCUCAAUAUGGUGGCUGCCAGCGUUGCUUGGCAUCCUUCAUGAUCCGCAUGCAUCAUGCGGCUCUUUUCAUGCAAUGCUGUUCCAAUCACGGAAGGAAGUUUUCUUUUACUGUGUGUUACAGUACCGUUGCUGAAGCAGACUGCAAGUUCGAGGCUGAACGGCAUUUUAUGGUGAAGGUUUUCGAUAUGAUGUUCGGACAAUCUCCAGAAGCCAGGCUCAAUGCCAUCGCUGGGCAGGCAGCAACCGUGUUCGCUGUGCUUUAUCAGGUCAGUCUUGUCAUUCCAGAUCAGAGAUUUGGCUGGAAAGAUUUCCUGGACUACGGCCGUGACGUGUUGCUCAGGGCUCCAUGCGGAUCUCUUGAGGCACUGCGAGAGCAUAAGGUUAGCUUGCCGCCACUUGACCACAAGCCGGACACUUUGCAGUCUUUGCUUGGGAGCUACAGCCUUCGGGACUCUGUGCAGCUUGCCCGGCUCUUUGCCAUGGACGCCGGCGACAUGAUUGGCAGGCUUGCGCAUCACGCCUACGUUCGGCAAGAAAGAGAGGAAGACGAUUGGCCUGCCAGCUUCCGUGACGUGCUCUCCCUCUCGGCUGAAGUGCCAGCAAAAGGAUUAUCCCAAUGGAUGUCCAUUAUCUUCCACAAGCACUUUGCCAGGGAUCUCGUGAAGCUUCUGGGCCUCUUCGUGCCAGUUGGUCACUCAGACAAGAUCACAUCGGCCCUUGAUCAGCUCUUCGCUUCGGGGAUGGGUGAAAUUCCUGUGGACAUAGCUUCGAUGUGUGACUUUGUGCUAGCCCAUUCGGAUCAUUGGAUCUCCGUGUGGCUGCUGUCGAACAUCGGCUGUAUCAAGUUUGCAAACAUCUGCGGCUGGUGUGACCUUGUCCCAUUGGUGGGUGCUGUGCUGGAUGCCAACUGGGGAGAUUUUGAGGAUCCAGGACCUAUGUGGGCCGUGAAGGUCCUGUGUUCUGCUCAGCAGGCUCUUUGGAGCCGCGGACGGCCUGAUGGAGCUGAGUACUUGACGGCGCUCCUCCAGCUGCCACUUGCAUCGACAAGGUUGAUGCUCACGAAGGAGCAGGCGCUGACGGAGGCACAGGAAGAUUGUUUUCGUGAGCUCCUGCAUCGGGUCGUUCCUCCGCUCAGUCAAAUGAUGGGCUUCAGCCGCGUGCUGGCUGUGCAGGAGUCUGCCGACACUAAAUGUGUGUUGUUGCUAGAUGUACACGCUGUGUACACACAUGCGGCAAAGGAGUCCAUCUCCGCAGAGUGGGCCAACUCCUUCGGGGCAUGGUACGUGCAUGCGGUCGCAAUGGCUUCGUUGCGAAGCACCUAUCCAAUGCUGUGUGUCGAGCAUGGUGUGCAUGCCUAUGAAAUUGCAGAGCAGCUGCUGAAAUAUUUCGAUCAAGAAAUUAAGAGAUCUGGUGCUUUUAUGCUCCUGAUCUUGGUCCGGUGUCUGGCACCCGUCCUCACGCACUUUGAUCUGGAGAGUUCCGUAGACAUAGAGUCCUUUCCCGACACAUUCGAUUCUUUGCGAGCAGUGCUCUGCUUCCACAACCAGCUGCUGGAUACAAAUUGUGAUCGAGUGAGCGAGCCUUUUUGGGCAGAGAUGUGGCAGCCCCUUAUGCAGUUUUGCCAGUGCGCCAAGCGUGUGCUGGCCCAAGAUCCUGGAGACAUAACAGCAGAAAGAGCCCAGCAAUUGGCUCGCUCCCAGAGGAUGUGGGUGCGAGUUCAAGCUGUGCUGCGGGAUUCGGAGGGCUGGCAGGCCGCGACUGAUAUCUUUGAUCGGUCUGAGUUCGAUGGCAAGCAGUCAGAAUUAGUGCAUUUGCACAAGGUGCUCCACUGGCUUGCAGAACACGACAUUUAUGGGUGUGCCGAGCUUGCGCAGGAAAUCAACCUGCAGGGGUCUCAUUUGACACUUCGGGAGCUGCAGAGCCACCUGCGCCUCGUGCGACAGGAGUUGCAGCCACUGGGUAGCCGCCUGACCCUGCUGGAGCACUUUGUGGACAAUGAGUCGCUGUUCUUCAAUGCUGCAGUUGGCGUGCAGGCGAGAGAUCAGCCAGGGAACGACAUGGCUGAUGCAGAACUUUGGAUAUCCGAAGCGGAUCGCCAAAUCAAGGCCCUUUUGGCGAAUGAGAUUCGACUUCAGGAUGCAAAAGUCUUCAUCGACAUGACGCGGCAGGUCAGCAUCCUGGAUGAGCUUGCCAAAAUCACAUCCUAUCCAGGAUAUGCAACCACAACCACAGAACUGCCAGCAACAAUUCAGCAGGCCUUGGAACUUGUUCAGUAUGCGGUGUCUGCUCACGUCGUGGCUGAUGUGGCCAUCAGCUUCGGUCUGGUGCCAGCAGACGAUGCAGACAUUCGCUACAUUGAGAGGCAAGCCCAGCAUCGGCCGAACCGUGCUCUGAAGGAAGCACCCCAAGAGUAUGAGAUGCUGGCGCGCCUUUUCAAGUGUGCCGAGGGCUCUCUCCAGGACAUCCACUUUGGCCUCAUUGCAAAGUUCCGCGAAUGCCCCUGCCCAAGCUGCCAUGUCAGAGUGGCACAAAGCAGAAUGUGA